CCACGUCUGCGGUAGUGCGCCUGCGCCUCGGGCUCCGGCGCGUCCACUUGUACGUUUGUGUGGCGCGACUUGGUGCCGACAGGAGCUAGAAGAUGGCGGCUUCCGCAGUUUGCCGGGCGGCCGGGGCCGGGACGAGAGUGCUGCUGCGCACCCGCCGCUCGCCGGCCCUGCUGAGGUCGCCUGCUUUGCGGAGCACCGCCACCUUCGCCCAAGCUCUUCAGAGCGUGCCAGAGACACAGGUCAGCGUGCUGGACAACGGGCUGCGAGUAGCCUCCGAGCAGUCCUCCCAGCCUACCUGCACGGUCGGGGUGUGGAUUGACGUUGGCAGCCGUUACGAGACUGAGAAGAACAAUGGGGCAGGUUACUUUUUGGAGCAUCUGGCUUUCAAGGGAACGAAGAAUCGGCCUGGCAAUGCCUUGGAAAAGGAGGUGGAGAGCAUGGGGGCCCAUCUCAAUGCCUACAGCACCCGGGAACACACAGCUUACUACAUCAAGGCGCUAUCCAAGGACCUGCCAAAAGCUGUGGAGCUCCUGGCCGACAUUGUGCAGAACUGCAGCCUAGAAGACUCCCAGAUUGAGAAGGAGCGUGAUGUGAUCCUCCAGGAGCUACAGGAGAACGAUGCGUGUAUGCGGGACGUGGUCUUCGACUAUCUGCAUGCCACAGCGUUCCAGGGCACACCUCUAGCCCAGGCUGUGGAGGGGCCCAGCGGGAAUGUCAGGAAGCUAUCUCGUGCAGACCUGACCGAGUACCUCAGCAGGCAUUAUAAGGCCCCUCGCAUGGUGCUGGCAGCAGCUGGAGGGGUGGAGCACCAGCAGCUGCUGGACCUCGCCCAGAAGCACUUCAGCAGCGUCUCGGAGGCAUACGAGGAGGACACCGUGCCCACUCUGGCUCCCUGCCGCUUCACGGGCAGCGAGAUCCGCCACCGCGACGACGCUCUGCCCUUGGCCCAUGUAGCUAUUGCGGUAGAGGGGCCUGGCUGGUCCAACCCGGACAAUGUGGCCCUCCAAGUGGCCAAUGCCAUCAUAGGCCACUAUGACUGCACUUACGGUGGCGGCUCGCACCUGUCCAGCCCACUGGCUGCCGUCUCCGUGACCAACAAGCUGUGCCAGAGUUUCCAGACCUUCAACAUCUGCUACGCAGAGACAGGGCUGCUGGGCGCCCACUUCGUCUGCGAUCGCAUGAACAUUGACGACAUGAUGUUCUUCCUGCAAGGCCAGUGGAUGCGCCUGUGCACCAGUGCCACGGAGAGUGAGGUGCUCCGUGGCAAAAACAUCCUCAGAAAUGCCCUGGUGUCUCAUCUGGAUGGCACCACUCCCGUGUGCGAGGACAUCGGACGCAGCCUCCUGACCUAUGGCCGGCGCAUCCCCCUGGCCGAGUGGGAAAGCCGGAUUGCGGAAGUGGAUGCCAGUGUGGUGCGUAAGGUCUGUUCCAAGUACUUAUAUGACCAGUGUCCAGCUGUGGCUGGAUUGGGCCCCAUUGAGCAGCUCCCAGACUACAAUCGAAUCCGCAGCGGCAUGUUCUGGCUGCGCUUCUAGGCAGGAAGGCUGUACAGGCAAGAGGGCUGGGCCAGGGUUCACGGUCCCUCCCCGCCACAAGUAUACCACCUCGACUCUCCAGACCUGUGUGCAGAUGACCUUACCUCCAAUAAAGGCCCGUGUUGAGAA